AUGUCUCUCGAAUUUAGAUAUGGCGAAAAGCCAAUCGAAUUUCAGCUGCAGCCAGACGGGGAGUUCUUUUAUCUUGCUUCUGAGGUAUAUUUUAAUUAAUUUCCGGCAUGUUGUGUCAGCAGUUUUGUCCUUAUAACCCACUUCUAUUUCGGCGGUGAAUAACGCUGCUUUUUCCGCCACCCCAUGCUUUCCCCCUCAACCCUUAGUGCAAUGCUAGCUUUGCAUCAAAAAUACCUCCCUUGGUUCGCCAAGUCCUUUUUUAUUGCAUCCUUUUAUAUGCAAUGGCAUUGAAUAUCAAGGCAAUCCAAUUGGAUUUCCAGAGCCCACACUUCAUCUUCAUGGACCUGCAACAGGCUACCGGUCUUGCGUUAUGCUUCCUUACCGGAAAGUACUAAGUGCGCUGAUAGUCAUAGCUUUUAGGGUAGCGAACCGGCGGCCAAACUCGAUCCUACUCAGGAUAAUGAGACGAGCUCCUUUUUACUGUGACCUUUAUGGCACCCUUAUGUGGUCCACGAUCCCCCUCGAAGAAGUUUCAUAUGGAAUCCACAACCAUCGCUUGUGUGACGCAUGCAAAUGUGACUUCAAUUUUGUUGGCCACAGUGCCGACGUCCACCUCCAGCCGUCUUGACUAUUGUUACUUGCACACCGUUGUUUAUGAAGUGACGUAGGUGCCGCGUAAUUCUGCGUCACAAAUUCAUGCAAAGUCACCACUGCGCCAUCUCAGAGGCAACAGUAGUACAAGCUGUUUGCAGCAGAUUUACCCAUUGAAUUAAUAAUUGGAAAAUCUGGUCGUCGUCGUUCGACCGUUCUCCCAAUACGCUGCAUAGGUCGAGUUGUGAGUUCAUAAUCCCGUCGUACUCACUGGGAGAUUUCAGCGCCCGUGUAGACUGAUGUCUGACCCUAAAGGGAUGUCCAGCACCUCAUGUACCGGUAAAUUCAGGCAUUGUAGUGGAUGCUUUAAAGAUCUGAGACGGCGGUCCUGUCUCCUCUGCUGCUGCUUCCGCUCGAGGUGCACCAGAAGGGUGACAAAGGCGGCGGUCUCGUUCUUGAAGAUGUGGUACCUGGGACCCCAGCCUAUAAGCACUUUGCAUGAAUCAGUAUCCUAUCCAGGCUUCAGUUAGUACGGGACGACAGCCGCGGGUGGCAUUUGGAAGGAUAAUCUAGAGGAGGGAAACAGAAUCGACGAAUGGCAGGCCUGCAAUACCUUGUAAGUGUGUAGGACGGCUUCCGGUGGAGCACGUUAGCUAAUAUUCAACGAGAUAUUCUGUGAGGUUGUGGAUUAUUUUGUGUGACGGAGGCGAUCGGCUGCGCGGCGGGUGGAUUGUUUUGACCGAAGAGGGGUGCGGCCAGAAUUUCGACAAGGUUGUCUUCGUUCCGUUUAGCAUUACUCACAGGACGAAGUUGUUAAGAUGCGCAGGAGGCGACAUCAAAUUGCCGGGACGUCACUGAUGAUACUUUGAGCAGUUUGUUUCAGAUUAUUAGUCUGGUCGUGGAGCUGCUGGUUGGAAAUUUGGUUGUAAGCCUCCUUGUACUACGCAACCACACAACCGCUGUGAGCGCUAAUCCAAGUAGUGCUUUGGGCGCGUUUAGUAUGCUCUUAAAAUUGGGGGAUUAGGUCGUCACGGAGUUGCGCUAAUUUCAUAUUUCCUUCAAGCUUGCAACAGCCGCUUUGUUCGUUUUCAUCCGUGCCUUUAACCUUUUUUGAGUCACAUUAUGCUCGUAAACCACCCAUAUGUUUUCCGCGAGAAGGUGAAAUGUCUGCUCGGAGUCGUUCCGAGCCCGGUUCUGCCACAACCUUUGCCUUCCGCCAGCACUGUUGCAUGCGCUGCGCUUAAAUUUUGCGAGUUGCCCACCUUGGCGCUGCUACAAACACCUAGCGAUAUGUGCGUCAGUCCACUUUUUGAAGGCCUCGAUGUGCCAAUACAGCCUCUAUUCGACAACCAUUUGUGUUAUAGUAUACGGUCAAGCGAAGAUGGGCCUCCAAGAAAGCAAACUUAUGCGGCACGGAUCUGGACAGCUUGACCCAUUCUCUUCUUCAACGAUGUAGAACCGCUUCCAGGCCUUAACGAACUGUGUCAACCCAGGUUUAUAAUAGGUCCCCACAUCGACACUUCCAGGUGGGCAACGGUGCCCGAUCAGAAAAAGCAGCAGUGACCAUAGAAGUCGAACGGCGGAAGACGUUUCCAAACCACCUCAGUCCUCUUUUUUGGAUGGUCUGAGACACUUAGGAUGUUGUCGCAGUAAGUGCAGACCGGCUCAUUCAGAACGAAGUCGGCGUACUUAAGUCGAAGGAUGGUCCUCAGACAGCAGUGGUUAGACACCUCCGGUAUCUAUUCAUUUUCAACACAGCCCAGCAUUCAUAGCCUUAUAGAACUGACGACACGUGCAAAUCUUUAUGAACAUGGAGAUUUCGCGUGCAGUCCACCGCUACUUUCCAAGGAUUGUAUAAACCCUGUGAGCAACGUUAAUUCGGGCAACGAUGCCGACCUUACUCUAUUCAUUUGGCAGCGGCCUCACCCGGAGGUAUUUAAAGCUGCCCACUCCUCCAAACCGGCCGCAAGUAAUCCCGAGAUGUCUUCUCUUGGUCAAGGAAGUAGCUUGAAAACAUUUUGGUCACCUCAGCGUCUAUAGAUAAACCGACGGAUUUUAUAACUUCAUUCACCACGAACUGUAGAUCACCAAAGUGCGCGCCUAACAAGGCGGUAUCGUCAGCGUAGUUGGGAUCAGUCAACCGACGUCCGUCUGCAAACAUAACACUGACAAAAUUGUGUAAGGCUCUUCCGAUAACCCGGUCAAUGGCGUAGUUGAAUGAACUAGACGACAGGUACAACCUUGUCGGACGCCAGAUCAUAUAUCGAACUGUUGGGACAGAUGGCCGCGGACAAAACUCGUUCAGUGGCGAAGCGAUAGUAGGCCUUGAUCAUAGCGAUGAUUUUUGCCAGCAAACCAUCCAGCUCCGUUAUCCGCCACAGUCAUUCACGCUGAACAGAAUCAAAUGCGGCGAAGUCAGCGAAGCAGACAGCCGUUGGUUGCUGGUAGCCAUGGCGGGAUUCAAGAAUGCGCUGCUGUGUGAAUAUUUGACCCGCUCAUCCACGUCCAGCCCGGCAGCCGGCUUGGUUGGAUCUCGUCCUAAUCACGCGCACCUUAAAAUGACCUGGGAAGAACAACAGCGAAGAUCUUCGCAGCAAAAUCGGUGAAGAUUACGCCACGGUAGUUCUCAUACUCCGUCUCGUCUUUCUUCUCGAGGACAAUUAUAGGGAUGCCUGAGUCCAGUCAUCAUGAGCGACCUCAUUUCCUUACGCUUGCUCAACCAACUCAUGAAGACAGAGUGCCGACAUAAACAAGGCAACUUUGAUUUCAGUUUGAAUACCAUCCUCUCCGGGCGCCUUGUUGUUGUGCAGACUGUAUUACACUAGCAACUUCCGCCUCAGGGAGGCCAAAUGACGCUGCAUAGGCUGGAGAGGGAUGAAACUCCGCUGCAGAGGAGAGCGAAGGUGUGGUGGAUUGAUCAUUAAGGUUGAGAAAGUGCUCAAAGUGCUCACACCGGCGAUCGACCUUGACCGAUUUGUUAACGAUAAAGUCGCCAUUCAGAUCGCGAACAAAUUCACUCAGAACGGAGGGCCUACCACUAACCUGGCAGAUAAUUUUGUAGAGGUUUCGACUGUCGUCAGCGCUUGAGGUCUGUCCCAUGCAGGUUGCCGCUUUAGUCCAGUAUUUUUGCUGCUCGUCCUUGACCGACUUUGUCAUUUCCCGUAGUUAGCAGAAGGAAUCAUUGUUGCAGAGCUGUUGCUCGAGCUGUCUGGGCAGGCAACUGUAGGGCUCAGAAGAAGAAGCAAUCACUGGCACUGCAUUCUGAAAGUCGCCUACUCGUUUAUACCAACAAUUUGAAGGUUUCUUCCGCUGAUUCAGUCACUGCAGAGCCGUUGUGUAAAUCCAGGAAUUUUCUCAACUCCCCCAUAAACUGAUAACUUCAAUUAUUACCAUUGGUUACUGUCUUCUCUGUCAACUCCAGUCGUAAAACGGAACCGAAUUUAUGUGCUAAUGGCUUUGGUGAUGCUAGUUUGUCGAAGUCCUGUGAAAUUUAGGCGUCUGAUACUUGGCACUUUGGGUGCAGAUGAGAGGCGAACUUACAGGCUUGUGGACAGGAAUAUGAUCCAACCCAUGGGCGUUAUCAGUUUCGGCACAACGCACUGAUUUACUGUCGUGAACCCAGUUGCGAAUCCUUAAACCAAUUAGAAUGUGGUUGAUCUGACUGGUCGUACGACCGUCGCUGAAGGCACAUUUUGCUGAUAAACAGUCGGUCCUUGUCAGCAGUAUUUGGUAUUUCCUCCCCAUUGUCGCAUUGAGAGAGGAGUCCAAAGCGGUCAGUAGGAUAACUGUCUGAAGAGUCAUCGGGUCCCGUCCGGCUAUUCCAGUCUCCAGCAACAUUUAGCAGAUCAGGUCGACGGGAAGGUUUGAUUAUGACGCUGUUCGGCAACUUAUGUUUUUAAGUGCACUCAGACGAUAUAGAUAUUCAUAAAGUGCCCCUUAUGUCGUACGCAAGCCGUCCGGUCAUUGACUGGUUCCUAUGCAAGUAUUGUGCGGUUCGUUUGUUGCUAAGGCGUCCGUCAUAGUGUCUACCAGAAAAGUCGCGUGGGAAGCUGUGAUACUGCGUGUAGUGGAAGUUGUCUUCAGGGAUCUAUAUUCUUCGAGCGCCUGAGUCUAGGAUUCGGACUUCAGGCGGACAACAGACAUCCACGUUGUGCUGAUGGCUGUGUGCCGUCAAACUGGGUAGCAGGAUCCAGGUAUUUUCGCACAUGCCAGUAUCCUAUACCACGAGUCUAGUUCGCAUACUAUUUUGUCCGUACCACUGGAUCCGGACUGCGGUGUGUCGGUUCCCGCGGGCGCCGUAGCACGAGUAGUAGCAGAGUAGUCGGACAUUUUCACGAGGUAUCUUGAAGAUUUCCAGUGUAGAUGGAUCUCCAACAGCCGCUUGGAUUGUUUCUCUCCUGUAGCUCUUUGGCUGAAGAACUUAACCAUGGGGCAGUAGUGGAUAGCGGUUACCGGUCGGCAUGACUCAAUGCCAUCAUCGGGCAUUGGAACAUCUUUAAGAAUAGCCGCACCCGACCUUAGCCCUCGUGCCCUAGUCUCAUUACUGCUGCUGUUUUGCUACUGCUUAUUCCCCACACUGGAGAGAUAGGUUAUUUUGUAGAUAACUGCCUCUAGAUGCCGUCACACGUCGCCACCUGUGGACGCACUCCAUGACUGACAGUUAGCCUAGGGAGUAACUUGUCUUAUGCGAAGUAAACAUCGUUAUUUGCUCAUUUCACUCCUGGUUACUGUUGGAAGUACAGAAAGUUUCGUGUAAUUCUGUGUUUCCUUGUUAUAUCAAGACUGGGUUUGGUUUCACGCAGUAAAAAACCAAAUAUUCGUGCUGCCACUUGUUUAUACGUCAUCUUUGCACGCCGGAUCUCGCCGGUUAUCGUACGUAACUACUCGUUUUUGCCCAUUCGCAGGGGAACCAUCACAUACUUUCUGGUAUGCAUACUUUCUGGCUGCACUCCUCCAUCGUAUUUGGUGGUCAUCCAGCCCUUUUUGCAGAAGUGUUUCCCUUGUUAAGUCAUGCUAUUGUUACCAAAAUAUCUGGGCAGUUCCACUAUCCUUUAAAGUGCCAGAUAACUUCGCUCCGUAGUUUUAUAUAUCUAAGUUCAGCUGUCUUCGUUGCACGUCUGAUUCCGUUACUCGAUUUGCAGGUCGGCCGCUAUAUGCGCCUUUUCCGAGGGGAACUUUUAAAGAAGUACCCAAAUCUCUGGAAAAGCCUGGCUACCCCCGAAGAACGCGAGAAAUUGAUUGCCAUGGGUGAGGUUUUCUAGCAUCCUUAUGUAUUCGUUUCAUUUUGUUUUUUACCAGUGCUUUUUCGAGGCGCUCAAUAAAACCUCUUUCGCCAGUAAUUCUCGAUUUUAAAUUAAGUAUCAAGAAAUUGGCUUUUCUGUCUGGGCUCCAUACUUUAAGUAAAUCCUCAAACUCAGCUGGAAAAUUGCAUAUCUACACCUGCUGAAACAUCAGGUUUCUGUGCCAAAAUGCGGCCAGUCAUGUUCCCAAUGCAGGAACUAAUUAGAAGCCCCAGCACGUAACUUCAUAGGGGUGCAUGAUGCGAUUGUGAAGGGUCUAGCUAGUGAUUUGGUCUCCAGUUUUCCUUGUGCUUUUGGCGUAACUGCAUGCUUCAAAGCAGGCAUUGUAAUUUCGUCCAGACGCCUAGCACCAUGCAUUACUAAAUUUGCACGAUAAAUGUCUGCUUUGUAGGACUGGCCACGCCAAUUACUGCAAUAAAUGCCACUCUUUUGCGAGCCUACGAGGUUGACGAACUCAUCGCCGGCAGUGAAGAACGUUUUAAGUCAUUUGAGGUAGGUCUUGCAAGUGAUUCUUCUGUUUGACAUAUUUUAGUCCGACUUUGAAUUAUUUCAUACAAACUUUCUUAGGGUCCCGGGACAGCCAUGAUGGGACAUAUCUCUCAAUCUACGGGUAACAAUGGUUCAAUUACUCGUGCUGGGUCGGGAAACCUUUCGGGUAUGGGCUCGUCUGCAGGAGGACCGGCUUCCGGCGCCGCCAUGACAUUUUCCGGGAACAGUCUAAUCUCCGAUGUUUCUUUGGGUAGUGGUUCCACGCCGUUAAAAAAUUCCAAACGCGAGUCCGGCCGUUGGGUGAGCUCGGUUCCCAACACUUCAUUUCACCUGGACUCGGUCCCAUGCCCUACCCCAAUCGGCAGAUCUCGUCCCCGUUAGUUCCACACUUCCUAUUGUCUUCGGUCACCAUGCGUCAUUAUCUGACUGUCCGUGUCUUUGGCUACUUUAGACAAACAAAGCAGCAAAGUAUCCAACUUUCCAAUCUGCCUCGAUGACUCAGACCCCGUGGCUUAUCACGAGAAUGCAAUACAACCUGAGCACCUCGUGCCUAUUCGUCUGGACAUUGAGUUUGAUGGCGUGAAACUGCGGGACUGCUUCACUUGGAAUCGAUACGAGCAAAUGAUAACGCCAGAGCAGUUUGCCGAAAUACUCUGCGACGACUUAGACUUAAAUCCUAUCUCCUUCGUUCCUGCUAUCGCACAGGCCAUCCGACAACAGGUGAGACUGACUGCAAUUUCCUAUUUUUCUGACAGACAUGACUUGUUGCAAACUUAGCAAUCCUCGGUUGCAGAGGUCAAGGUUGCUGAACUUGAAUUGGUGGUUCCACUUUUUGCAGCAGUUGGUGUCAAAGCGGGCGGGUAGUUUUGAAUGCGGCGUUUACUGGUCCCAGGUUGAGGCAACGCCCGAUUAAACCCGGCAAUUUUGUGAUGUUUUCUUUAUAGCCUUCCUAGGCUUCAUGACUUAAAAAAUUGUUUUUUCAAGCUUAGGGCCUUCGAUAAAAUCCGCAACAAUCACCUUCUUCCAGUGCAUCACGUGGAAAGACAGACUGAAUCUUGAUAACCAGCCUCGGAUCACUAGCAGAUUCGGCUGACUGGGAAUACAUUGCACAAACCCAUAGUCUCUCCGCCGCUGGCGGUAGAUUCUGCAUGUACAUGUAGUUUCCAUCUAAGAGUCCACUAAACCCGGUAGUUGAACUGACUGUACCACUAACUUGAAUCCCUGUUAUUCAUAAUGUCGUGUCAGACUGCGGCUGUACCGCAUUUUCAUGCUACACGUCAUAGUCGCAGUUCACGCAGUUCGGAUAAGUAGCGCUCGACUGCUGUUGUUACGUGACGCCCAUCGAUGUUUUCUAGUCUACCCCUUUACCAUUAUUUCACUUUCAAGAGCGGUUGCAUAGUGACGGGAAUAAGUAGUCAUCAGGAGUCAUUGGAAUAAGAUCCAACGUAGGCUGAGGAAGCAUUACCUGGACAGGGCAUCUCUGCUACUCAACUGCCAAUCCCAAUUCCUCAUACCCUUUGUUUUCUAAGCGCCAUCUUAUUGCCGGGACACGAUUGGUGGGUAGUAAAAUUCCCCUCAGUGUAAUCCAAUCGGGACGUAAGUUAUCACUGCCCACCGGGACACUUUUUAGUUGUAAUCGUCGGCGACGAGAGAACCUUUAGGGCUAUUUCCUCCAAGUACCCUACUCAUGUGGCAGCUUUCAUGUUUUUGAUGUCCCCAUCCCUCCUCCUCCCACGAAACAGAGCCUUCUACUCUGUGUAAUUUACCGGAAUAUAUGAGUGUUCCGCCCGUUUCUUUCUUACAGGUCGAAGCCCAUUCGGUGGAAAAUAUUCUUGUCGGACAGACUGAUACCCGGGUCAUAAUCCGACUGAACAUUCACGUGGGCAAUCUGUCGCUUGUGGACCAGUUUGAGUGGGAUCUUUCGGAGCCUGCAAACUCACCAGAGCUGUUUGCCGCGCGCCUCUGUGCUGAACUUGGGUUGGGUGGCGAAUUUGUGACCGCCGUCGCCUACAGCAUCCGAGGACAGCUAGCCUGGCACCAGCGUCUAUAUGCUUUCACGUGAGUUACAUUUCUGACUCGACGUGUUUUCUCCCGCCUGAAGGACGCGGGAUUGUUGCCAGACCAGACGUUCUCAAUCCGACGGCUAUCUGAAGGGCAGAUGACACUUCCUACGUUUAAGGCAUAGUCAAUGUCCGAGGCGAAAGGACCCUGUCCCGCCGGCAAGUACAUGUGGCCUGGAGUACUUGGCUGAAACCGCAGCUAUGCUAUUUUUAAAGAAUUGGGGGAAAAGAAGGCCUUCUCCCACCCCAUGUCCAAACACCCGAUCUUAUGAGGCACGCCAUCAGCCGCUAGGACAUCCCUGAUAAUAGCUCCCUCAACUGGCUCUGAUGGUUCAUCAACAACGAGAAGUAGGUUGUAAUCUGUCGAUGCGGCCCUUGCCACCGUAGCCGUUUCGCUCUUUUUGCGUCAGUUCGUCCCUGGGAACGCUGACUAAUCGUCCAGUAGUUUUCCCACUCAAAGUUGCCUUACCUUUUUCCUUUAGGUCACUGCAGUCACUGACCCGCCGGGUCAGUCAAAAAUUAAAUCUGCGAACAAUCAUACCAUGUCCGGUGCUGCAUUACCCUUCAGACUCAAACAACACGUAGACAGCAAAUUCUGCGUUUUUAACUGCUCCUCCCGACACCAUCGGUCCUGAUGAAGUUCCGUUAGAGCACUAGACUGAUGGCCCUUCAGUCCAAAAAUCCUAUUACGCCGUGAUUCACUGGACGUUGGCUGUCCAGCCAACCUCUCUACUGACACCACCUCUGCGAAGCUCGCCGACUCCCUUCGUUGUCAUCGCUUGAAUUAAUCUAACCCGGCUAAGUGACCAUGACUUCUCGUACAGCCCUCAACUGCCACGCGUUCUCACCUUAGCUGUUUAGAGCGUGUGUCGACCUGAUCCUUGCCGUCUUGUGGUCUGUGCGCGCUGUUUCAGCUAGUAUUAAGGGGCUAUUCUGGACACAGAUGUUGACGGCACAAACCUCGGUAGCACAGUCUAGCCAGCCGAACCGUUUUUCCAACGAAAAUAUAAACCCAUGUACGAAGCCCAGCUCGCAGUUGCAUUGAUUAUUGCAAGACUAGUCGACAAAUGUACUCGAAUCCUUAUUUUAUAAUUUUUUACAUGCCAUCUCUGCAGGGAAUCUCCGCUACCGACGGUGGACGUAGUGUUCCGAAGCCCUAACGAGGCAGAUCAAUGGAGCCCCGUGGUGGAGGUGCUAACUGAUGCUGAAAUGGAAAAGAAGAUUCGCGACCAAGACAGAAACACACGGUAAGUUUCGUCAUGGCAAACUUACUGUGAAGUUCUGUCCAUAGUUUAGACUUGAGGGGCUGAAGUUUGCGAGGAGCUCUGACCGUUUGCGCGGCGGACGUGUCUAUCGUUGAAGGAUAAUACGUACGCCCGGUCGGUACUGAUACCUAACCCACAAACCCCGCCGGAUACAUCUAAGAGGCUUCAGGAAUCACUAUCCAUCUAAAUUUCAGCGAUUGAAGUCAUUGUAUUCGUAUAGAACAAUCUCUUGAAUCUCCCUUUAGCUGUCAGCGCAUUCGACGAAGCAUGUUUAUCGCAGCACUAGCCGAAAUUCUGAAACUGACCAUUUUCGAAAUAUCCCCGCUUCCCUGGUAAAAUUGCCGGUUCAGGCGAGUGUAAUCACGUAUACACCGGCCAGAUGACCAGUGACUGACGUCCACAGACGAGUCCAGUGGUCAACACUGAGGCAUUCACUAUCACUCGUAAUCCGUAAGUGGAAGAAUUCGAAAAGCUAGCGGAACUAGAUCCACUUUGCUAUACAGCUGGAUCUUCGCCCUAUGUUAAUGCGGGGGAAUGACUCUGUGAGCGACAGCAAUUCUGCGUUUAACGUGAAACAUUUGUCCCCAAACCUCAUGCCUCCGAUUUAAAAGCCAGCAGCUGAGGUUGUCAAGUGAUUUGGCUUCGUACUGCAGCUCCGAUCAAAGAUGUCCGUUAAUGGCCAUCAUUCAAACUCAACGCGUGAAGCAGCCCGGAUAUUAUUCACAUGUAGACUCCAGUGACGACUGGCGCAGCCAACCAACAGUUCUCACACAGCCCACGAAACCUCACUUGGGAAGACGGAAAGAGUAGGCCUCAAUACUCUGCAUCAUCCCAAAAGUAAGGCUUAUUCACCAUGUUAUUGGCACGUCUUUUGCGCCGAUUGACUCACCUCUUCAUGAGAAUGAGGACUAUUAACAAUUAGGCGCGGGUUGAAUGCUGGCAGAAGCUUUUCGAGCGCCGUUGCGCCCUCGACGACAAACCUACCACUGCUUUUCUAGGUGCAACAUCUCGCCCUUCUUCGGCCUCUGCAGCAGCGUGACCCCCUUCUCAAAUAAAACCUCAUUGAGACUGUUAGAUACAACAUCCUCACGGGAGCCAGUAUAUCUUGUCGACGCCGGUGAACUCUAACUAGACAAUUUUUGCGAUGCGAUCGUCCCCGGUAAUUAGGCUUUGGUCAUGCCAGUUUGUUUUCAGAGGAGAUAAGGCAGUGAGAGAACUACCGAGUCAUGAGUACUGCCGAAUGUGUCCUAAACCUCAUUGCCGUCGUCUUUCUAAGGCGACUUAAAACUGGUCAAGAAGCGGGACCCAACCAGACCGAGUUCCUGACUGCACGUGCAAUUUCUCAGCUCCAAGCCACUCCCAACCAAUUAAUUUUAACUUUGUCGUUCGAGAAAGUUACAUCUUAUUGUCCGCCCUGUUUAGCUAUGCCGCUGACUAGGUCUUACUAGUACCAAGCCAUGAUGACUUGCAUAACGUAGUAGUCGCUAAACAGACCAGUCCCCACACCAGUGCUCCACUUCUGACCAGGAGGCACCUCCGGAUUAGCGACUGUCAGCUUGAAUAAAUACAGCCUUACGUAAAUCGGAUCCAAGUUGCAGCUAGACUGACAAGGCAGGGAAGAGACCGCCUCCAGAAACGCCUAUAGACGUGCCGCCACGUCUCGAAAUCCACCCGUCCGAUAUGUCCCCCCGUACGGUCGAAAUGCUUGGCUGUACGAGCGAAGCGCGAGCAAAAGUUCAGUCUUUGAUCAUCCUUAGCUGAAAACGACCUUUAGGGUGAUAUGCGUUGGCUUAGCCUAAAAUGGUAGUUCGAGCUCACUGCAACAAGAUACCAGGAUUCCCUCGGGCCAUCCAGUAAGUCGGCUGAGGUGAUUUGGCCACGAUCUUCGUUACAGGUCAGUGCUGCUACCCUAGAUUCGACGUAGCUCCCUAAGCGGUGUAUGCGACCGGCCCAAAGACUGGCUCAACACGGUCUGUAAAGACAUGCAGGUGUUUCUUCGGCCUCCGGUAUUCGUUAGAAAUGAUGGCGGCUUGAACACUCAGAUCUGCCGCAUAUGAUCGUAGCGAAUUGAGAUGUAUUAUCCGCUGCACCAUUAUGGUUAGUUAACUAAGUUACGGCCGUAUCAAGUAAAGGAUGGCCAAUAAGUUGCUUGACUGCUUCAAACACCAAUAAGUUUUCUACCAUCGUUCUUUCAAGACGGAAAAUACUUUCCCUGCAAGUGUGAAAACAGUCGAAUUCCACCUUAAAAAUUGUCGCUUUAUUUUUCUAAUGCAGACAGCAUAAACGCGUUAUUCCCGUGUCACACACAUAUGUCCAAAUAUUUACUGAAACAAGGGUCUGUCUACAAUUUGUCACCAGCCGAGAAAACACAACUAGUUCGUACGCAGGUGAAGGCAAAUGUGUGCAGCUGAGUCUUCAGAAAAAGCCUGGAACUUCCACAUUGAGACGUCCUUACGAACGCCAAAUCUCACGAACCUCGUUGCAGCGCAUAAAGCACAUUUGCACAUCCACAUAAGGCGUAGUUGGUACAUGAUUAUCAGCAACGACCGAACUAUGCAAUGGAAGAUGAGGCUAAUUUCCGAUUUAAUGACCCUGUAAACAAGCAGAAUACCAGAGCAUGGAUAAUAGGAGGCUCGCCCAUCAAAAUGAACUGUAGCCCACAAGAUCUAUCGCACUUCAGCAUCUGAAAGGGUAAUCUGACCUUAUUUAUGCAAGACGGCUAGGAUGACCGGCGACCAAUAUCUAGCAAUGCUGUGAAAAUGUGUGCACCAUAUUGCAGACAUCAAUCCAGGUUUCAGGCAGUCUUAAAGUUUGCCUGCUUGACGGUGUCAGACGUUCUUUUUGGAGGCUGUUUGAACGUUCGAGUAUAUAUUAAGGACUGUAUUGGCCGAUGCGUAAUGAGUCCGUAUUUGUGAAGCGCAAAAUGAGGGUCACAUACUUGACACCGGUUUUCGUACACGGUAAGAAAAUUCCGUCUUGUACGGAAGAUUAACAACUAUGGAAUUUAUCAUACUUUAAAUGGCGAAGCGACUUAAGGACUAACCGUGCUGCUAAGUAAAAGUGCUAAACCACCACAUAACGUCAAGUCAGCGUUAUUGUGCGCACUCUAGGCUGCUUAUAGAAACUACUUCGGCACUUGGUAAAAAUAGUUUGGUGAGAAUACCAUAUAGGGCCUGUCAAUGGCUCGAAGUGGUCCAGUCGUUUGUAACAAAUAACGAUAUAAACUUCCAGCAGAGCAUGGAGUCCACCAUUUUUGUCUUGUUUUUUUCGUUUUUCCCAUUUUUAUGUUACACCAUUAUCAAAGACUUACGCACCCAUACGAAAAUAUUUUGCUCACUGGCCCCUGUCAGUCAACCUCAGGCCAGCUCGUUCUUGUGGGAUUUUCACAGCGCUAUCUUUUUUUGUAGCCGAAUGAGACGCCUGGCAAACACACAACCAAACUGGUGA